GGAGCCGCGCCCUUCUGUACACGUCAGUUGCCUUGUUGAGGAAAUUUGUAUUCGAGUGCUACUUCUUCUGCAGCAUCGAAAAUUCUACUAACAAUCUUGGUGGCCCAUUCGGGGACCCCCAUUCCCCUCCGGGGGCGGCCUCUGGUCCUCCCUCCUGAGAGGGGCAUCCUCACGGCCUCACUGCGGCGGCCUCGGGGGUAAACAGUCAGGCCUGACCCGGUGCGAGGAAUACGCCGGGACUGUCAGCAGCGGAAACCGGCCGGCGACCUGAGGGGAAGGGUCCUCAGCAAAUCUGUGCACAGGCCAAGAAAGGAAACACCCGGGAGCUCGCGAAGUGUUUCCUUGGUGGUGGGGACAGACCGAGGAAGGAAACGCCACCGGCAAAGUAUUUCCUUGAUUGUCGCGACAGACCAAGGUUUUCGACUAGGACGUUCCAGGUAGACAGUAAUCUUUCAAGCAGGCAGAAAGCCACAUUGAGCCAACUUCAGCAAAGAAAGCAACUGGAGUAAGGGGGCUCACUCAACAGAAAGAACAAUGGAUUGAGCAAGAACAGCUCCAUCUCAAGCACUUCUGUGAAUCACAAGACAGUUUUGAAUGCUAAAUGUCAGCUAACAGAUCUAAUGGGACCAAAAUCUGCCUUCCCAGUUUAUGUGAAAGGAGAUCCUGAUCCCUCAUCAGCUAGAUCUGAUAGAACUUUGGAUGACAUCAUGAAGUCUCAUUGUCUUAUUUCACCAAAAUAGCCAGUGCUACAAACCCACUGUCAAAUUCUUUGGUUGGCUUCAAGACAGUGAAUAUGAGACCUUAUAAUCAGGUCGACAGCUUCAAGACCUGUGGAAGUCAGUAGCAACCAGCUCAUCAUCACAGAGCGGUGCAGCUGAGGUGUAUUUUCAUCACUGGAAAAUUCUGGCUGCUUCAUCUCCAUCUCUAGAGCCAAUAUUGGAGCUUUUCAAGAAAAGCUAUGGCCUCAACCACCAGCACCAAGAGGAUGAUGGAGGAAGCCACCUGCUCCAUCUGCCUGAGCCUGAUGACGAACCCAGUAAGCGUCAACUGUGGACACAGCUACUGCCAGUUGUGUAUAAUGGACUUCUUUAAAAACCCAAGCCAAAAGCAACUGAGGCAGAAGAUGCUCUGGUGUCCCCAGUGCCGGGCUCCAUUCCACUUGGAUAGCGUCAGACCCAACAAGCAGCUGGGAAACCUUAUUGAAGCUCUCAAAGAGAUGGAUCACGAAAUGUCAUGUGAGGAACACAGAGAGCAGCUCCACCUGUUCUGUGAAGAUGAAGGACGGCUCAUCUGCUGGCGCUGUGAGCGGGCACCGCAGCAUAAAGGUCAUACCACAGUGCUUGUUGAAGAGGUAUGCCAGGGCUACAAGGAAAAGCUCCAGAAUGCUGUGACAAAUUUGAGGCAACUUGAAGACAGAUGUACGGAGCAGAAGCUGUUCACAGCAAUACAAAUAACUAAAUGGAAAGAGAAGAUACAGAUUCAGAGACAAAAAAUCCAGUCUGACUUUAAGAGUCUCCAGAGUUUCCUACAUGAGGAAGAGAAAUGUUAUCUCUGGAGACUGGAGAAAGAAGAACAACAGACUCUGAGUAGACUGAGGGACCGUGAGGCCAGUCUGGGGCUGAAGAGCGACGAACUCAAUAGACACAUCCUGGAACUGGAGGAAAAAUGUCAGGGCUCAGCCCAAAAAUUGCUGCAGAAUGUGAAUGACACUUUGAGCAGGAGUGGAGCUGUGAAGCUGGAAACAUCAGAGGCCGUCUCCUUGGAGCUUCAUACUAUGUGCAAUGUUUCUGAGCUUUAUUUUGACGUGAAGAAAAUGUUAAGGAGUCAUCAAGUCAGUGUGACUCUGGAUCCAGAUACAGCUCAUCAUGAACUAAUUCUGUCUGAAGAUCGGAGACAAGUGACUCGAGGAUACCCCCAGCAGAAUCAGGACACUUCUUCCAGGAGAUUUAGUGCCUUGCCCUGUGUCUUGGGUUGUGAAGGCUUCACCUCAGGAAGAUGCUACUUUGAAGUGGAUGUUGGAGAAGGAACUGGGUGGGAUUUAGGAGUUUGUGUGGAAAAUGUGCAGAGGGGCACUGGCAUGAAGCAAGAGCCUCAGUUUGGAUUCUGGACCCUAAGGCUGUGCAAAAAGAAAGGUUAUGUAGCGCUAACUUCUCCCCCAACUUCCCUUCUUCUGCCUGAGCAGCCCCUGGUUGUGGGAGUUUUUCUGGACUGUGAGGCCGGAGUUGUAUCCUUUUACAACGGGACUACUGGCUGCCACAUCUUCACCUUCCCAAAGGCUUCCUUCUCUGAUACUCUCCGGCCCUAUUUCCAGGUUUAUCAUUAUUCUCCUUUAUUUCUGCCUCCCCUAGAUGAUUAAGGAAAAAAGCAGAGGCUCUUUCAUUUAACCAGCCCAAAGAAAAUAAUGUAAAUCACAUAAGGGCAGAAAAUUUGGUCUGUUUUCUUCACUGCCAUUUCCUCAGUUCUCAGAAUAGUUCUGGGAUUUUAGUGGAUAUAUAAUUAAUUUACGCUGAAUAAAUGGAGUUAGAAACUAAAAA